GCUGAGAAAUCUCCCUGCCUCUCAGGGCAGCACUUAAUCAGCUUUGAUGUACCUAAACACUUAAUCCCCAUGGGGCUGCAGCAGGAAGAACCAGCUAUUUUCAUUGUGCGCAGUCCAACCGACCCUGCCAUGCCCACGGUUCACCUGCCCAAAAGCAAAGGCUGGGCUGAGUCUGAAUGUCUCCAGUUCAUGCCCAAGCAUGUGCAAAUGUACACCUGAAGAGACCAUCCUCUGCAACAGAGCUGGACUGAAAACCCUACCUCGAGAAAUAGCAACAUCCACCAUCUCUCUAAACCUCUCCAACAAUUAUUUGCGGAUUCUCAACACCAACACCUUCAGAAACCUGACUUUCCUUCACAGCCUCUGGCUAGACGGGAACAAUCUGACUUUCCUGACCCCAGGAACUUUCCAUGCUCUCAGCAGGCUGCAAGAGCUGCACCUCAGCAGGAACUCACGCCUCACCUACCUGCAUGCAAACACAUUCAGAGGACUAUUAAACCUCAUCAGCCUGGAUUUGUCCCACUGCAAUAUCUUUGAAAUCCACCCACUUUUAUUUUCACACUUGCCUUCUUUAGAAAGGCUUGAUUUAGCCUCCAAUAACAUGCGGUAUGUCCCACAAGCCUUUAGGAACCUCUCCAGCCUCACGAGGCUGUCCCUGGAGGGCAAUCACAUAGAAGCCAUCGGCAGAGAUUCCCUGAAGGACCUGGAAACCCUAUACGAUCUGAAUCUGAGGAAGAAUCGGAUAUGGAUCAUUCAAAAUGGAGCUUUCACAAAGCUUCUCAGAUUGGGCAUGUUAAAUUUAGGACACAACUUCAUCACUGAUUUGCCUAAUCAGCUUUUCAAUGGGUUGAUCCAGCUCAAGACCAUGCACCUUGAAGCCAACAGAAUCACUGCUGUCGACUGCACCUUCAGACACCUGCUCAACUUGAGAAACUUGUACUUGAACAACAACCAGAUCUCCUCCAUCUCAGACUCUGCUUUUUUAUACUUAAACAAGCUGCACUUCCUUCACCUGAGCAAAAACAACCUCAGCUCCCUGCCCAGGGGCUUAUUUGCCAAACUGACCAAACUGAAGUAUGUGUUCCUGUCCAACAACCCCUGGAGGUGCGACUGCAGCAUGCUCUGGUUUUGGCGCUGGACGGCCACACGCAGGGCUAUCAUUGAGGGGCUGGACUGCACCUUCCUGGGCCUUCCCAACACAACAGCACCUGAGGACCCCCGCCCUGGGGACCUGGGGGACUGCACAGUGCCACUGGAGCUGGCCAGUGAAGACAAGUGCAGAGUGGCCAGUACCAGUGUGGCUCCUGGGCCCCCCCCUCUGCCAGGCCAGCUCAUCCUGCUGGCACUUGCCUGCCACAUGUGGUACAAUGAGAGGGGAUGGGGCACCGUGGUGGCCAUGUUUUAAUGGUGUUUCAAUUAUAAAGUGGAGGCUACUUAUUUUCUUAAAAUUUGUUUAUGAACAAUGGUUUUCAUGACAGGUGGAUUUUAUACGGAAAAAAAGGGAUUUUAUUAUAUAGGAAUAAAUUAUUUCCUUCACGGGCAAUACUUUAAUCUGAAAUGCUAACAUCAGAAUUCAAUGCAAAUGCUCACAUUGGCGAGUUCAGGGCUGGGGCUUGUGCUGGUGAUGUGAGGCCGGGAAGCACGUUCCCCUCUGUCCUCCCCAUUUGUCAACUGACCACAGCCAGGUGUGACCUCCCUGGGAGGGGCUGCCUUCCUGUGCCCAGCCCAUAUUGGGCAUAUUGUGGGUAUUGCUGAAAUAGGAAUAAAUUGCACAUGCUCCAGUACAUCUGGAGUCCUUAGAAAAGGCCCAGUCCACCAGCAUCACUGUGAGCACAUGGUACCUUCCCACAGCGGGCACACAGGUAUCUCUGCUGUUAAGAGUGUAAGACAGUGUUGGAGGUGUGGGCAAAAACAUCACCAUGUAAAAUAUUUUACUGCUCAGCUGCUCCUCACAGCACUGAACCUCAGCUAAUGUGGCUCUGCAUUCACCCCUGCAAAGAGGUCAUUUUUCUCAGGGAUGGUCUGUAUGAGUUGUGUCUCCCUGCACACCAUCAAGGAGGUCUGUCACAGCACCACCCCAGUGCCAUACCCCUAAUCUGCCUCCCUCCAGCUGCUGGGAGACACAGAUCAGCCUUCUGCAUGUAUAUUAAAAACCCUUAUCCAAUGUUUAGUGAGUGCUCGCAGAAGGAAGCAACAGAAUGUGUGCCAGACACAUCACAUAAUUCCUUAGAGGAAUUAUCCCAAGCUGGUAAGAGGUAAGAGAGAAAUAAACCCUUGUUUAGGGCUGAAAACACACAUACCAGCACAUUUUGACAUGGGAAACCUGCCAUGGAGUGCAGAGUAGGACCAACCUUUGUUGUUGCACCAGGGAAGGGAUGAAGUGGGGCUUCACAACAAAACCACAUGUGCUUCACCCUCAUUAUAUUCAUGAUUAGGUUUGUGCAAAGUAUUUAACGGUCAAUACAAUAAAUUUUUGCUUACAUUGUUGGUGCUGUUUCACCAUCCUCACUCUCCUCAGCUUCACAUACUUUGAGAAGUAGUGGAAAAAAACUCCAGUUGGUUUCUUGCUUUUGCAUUCCUCUCUAUCAAGCUGCAAUAGAAAAAGGCAAAAGCAAAAAAGCGAGCAAAGUCCACCUCAGCAAUUGUUUAAGUCCCUAAAAUACUAGAUUUUUUCCAUUGAAUAAUGUAAAUUGGCAAAAAAUUUAUAUGGACAAGCACCUUGUCUUCUCUGAAUGCUUUGAGAAAAUAUUCUUUCCACUUUUACACCACCACCUCAUUAAACAGUAACAGGAGCACAAGUUGCAUCCUCUGUGCUAUGAUAAAAAGUGAUAGAAAUAUUUAACAAGUUAUACACAGUAUGCUCAGGGAGAACAUGUGGCUACAUUUUUAAUCCACAAAAAAUGAAACAUGCAAGGAAUACAAGAAAAAGACCAGAAAAAAACAGGCCCUGAGGAGGCAGUCUGGGCUUGAAAAGUCAUUUGAAGGAGGACAUUGAGAUUAAGGGUAAGGACAACAUGCACCCAACAAAGGCAGCAGCAAGUUCAACUGUUUAAAAAAAUAUUCACUAUGAACAAAUCUGACACUGCUAAAAAAACCUUGGAAACAAAAAGCAUGUAAUUGAAGAAGCAAAACCAAGUAUAAAUACCAACAAAUAAUUUAAUAUGAAAGAGGAAAAAGAGUUGCAGGAAGAAGGAAAUGUGCUAAAGUUUACAUCUGUUGGAAAUUUUAGGUGUGUUUGACAAAACAAACUAUUUGAAAACCUGCUUGUUAAGAGUGUUUAGUGGAGAGAAAGCACUUGGUUUCUCCUGACUGCCCUGCACUGGACCUUCAGUGUGAGAGAUGUGCUUUGCUUGGACCUCAAACUUUUCUUUCUUAAAUACAUUCAGCACAAAGAGGAGAUGCUUUCCCAUUCUGUAAUUGUCAAAGUACCCAUUUCUCCCCCUUUAACCUGGUACCAGGAGGCAAAAGAGGCAAGACAGGACAGAUGCACAUGGCCACUUCCAGAGUCCAAGAAUUUUGAUCUUAAUUACAUCACACCCCCAGCCAGUGCCAUAAAUUACCAGACCACUGUUUCAGUGGAAUGGCUGUGACUCUACUUACGGUGUAUCGCUCCAUCUUGAGUGAAAACAUGCAAUUUCCUGUGGGAAGCUUUGUUAACAUACUUUUCUUACAAAAAAAUUGUACUAGUGGAAAGUUUCCAGCCAGCUUUGCACAAGGCUUCAUGCAGGGAAUCACUGGGGUGAGUUUGCUGAUACUCUAUACUCAGAGCAGGGAACACUCCCAGCCAGUGCCACCGCCGCACAUGCCCUCACCCCUGCAGCAGGCAGAGCUCCUGCUCAUCUCCUCCCAGGUGCACCAGCCCCACUUCAGCUCCCUGUCAAAUUCCUCCUUUUCACCUUCCCUUUUUUCAUCUCCUACACAUAGAAAAAUUAAAUCCCUUUCACUCAAUUAGCCCUCAUACAAAUGUUAAUCUCUGAAGUCCCCAAGGUACAACAAUACAGAAGCUGCUGCUUCAAACAAAUGUCUCCUGCCUUUGCUUUUAACGGACCUUUCCCUAAUGUGCUCCCAGCAGCACCAACCCCUCAACAUGCUCUGAAGGACCAGUACCUAGUAUCAGAUUUACAUCAGGCCAUUAAAGAUGAAGAAAGAUUGUGUGUGGCACUGCAGCCCAGAAGCACCAGCUGCAACUGAAGACAGGCUGCUAUGCUGCGUCAGUGCAAAUAAGGAGAGAAGCAGGUAUUUAAAUGUUUUUAUUUCAACUAAUGCUUUGCCACCAUAUUACAUCACUUUGAAUAGCUUGGAAUAGCAAUAUGAUCUCAAAAUAUAGCAAACAGCUUGCCAAAGCAAGAGAGUAUUAAAUCCUAUGGAUACAGCAUCUUCCUUCUUUGGUGACAAUGUUUCCGUUUAUCUGUAAAAAUAAUUUUGUGUUCCAGCAUAUUUGCUGUUCACUUUAUUGAACGCUGCUGUUUACACCAUUUGCCUCUUCCCUGCACAAAACCUCUCCACAAUGUAGUAUGGUUUUGUAUCUAACAGCAUUUUAAAUAAAAAAGUUACAGUUUUCAUGCA